AUGGCAGGCAAGCAAACAGACAGACCACCACUUAGGGCACUCCCCUUCACCACUGGGGGUGUGGAGGUGACGUUGGUGUGUGUUGGAUGCCUGCGUGACUCCAUGCUACGCUGGCCUGCCACACCACAGGAUACAUUGAUGAUAGUGUCACCUCAGCACACACUACACUGUUGUCAUGUGUGGCAGUGCCUAACAGAGAUGAUGAAGAUAGAGAAUAAAAGAAAUGUAAUAGUCUGCCUCUUAGAUACUGUUACUAUGGUCUGCUCCAUCUAUGAAGUCCGCGCUAGGUGUGGCAGAUUACAGAGUACCCAAAGAUGUGGCACCGUGGCACAUCGCGAGUUGCUAAGUUGCCAGCGGUGGACGCAGACUGGCUGUGUUGGUAAUUGGUACUGUUGGAGACGCAGGCUGGACGCUGGACGGUGGACCACACUGUUGGUUGUAACUUUAAUAAUUGUUGGCCGUGGCCAGUGGCCGGUGGCUCUUGGUGUCCUCACCGUCACUGUUGUUGCAGGUGUCCAGGCCGGGUGUCCUGCUGACGUGGCUCCCUCCGGCUGGCUUCCCCGAGGGUUCCUGCAGGACCUUCUGUGGUGUGUGCUGCCAGGAGCAGUGCUGCAGUGGAGGGGUGUCCAGGCCAGAUAUCCUACUGACGUGGCUCCCUCCGGCCGGCUUUCCCGAGGGUUCCUGAGGACCCUCUGUGGUGUGUGCAGCCAGGAGCAGUGCUGCAGUGGAGGGGUGAGACUGGGCAGCAGCAUGAGUGAACAGCAGCAGCAGCAGUCUGCCUCAGGUGUGGGUAGGUCCAAGCAUGGUGGCAAGAAUGACCUGGAGGCAGGCAGCUCCACCCACAGAGGAGAGAGAAAGCUUGUGUGUCAGCAGUGUGAUAAAACUUUUACAUCCAGAAAAGGACUUACACUACACACCCUGGCACACAGUGGUGUUAGAAAUUAUGAGUGUCUGGAAUGUGGCAAGAAAUUCAUCACAAAGGGUCACCUCACCACACACACCCUGACACACAGUGGUGUUAGAAAUUAUGAGUGUCUGGAAUGUGGAAAGAAAUUCAUCACAAAGGGUCACCUCACC